ACUGGACAGAGAGUCUCUGACGACAGUCUCAAUGGUAUUUCACUUGAUAUUCAGAGCCUAAUUGCGGUCAUCGUCACCGAUCAUCGGUUAUCGUCGCAGACAGGUCCAAUCGUGGACAGGUGCUAACAUGGCUGCUGUUGUACUGCUUGCUCGUCUUCUCGUGACAUCGCCCUUUGUUCCGACAAUAUUCUUUUAAUCGACGAAAAGUAAGAAAAACUCGGGAGAAAGGAGAGAAAAAGAGAGAGAAAGACAGGGAGGAGAGAAAGAGAAGGAGAGACGACACAUUAGAUGGAACAUCUCAAUGGAAGACUUCAGCUAGCAAAAUGUCAACCCGGUCGCAACUUACGAAGGAUUUAAACGAAUCGGUGAAAGCACUACUUGGCAAGCAUGUGAAAAUACUGUUAAAAAACGUGGUGAAAUUAGAAACGAAGCAGGAUAAACAAGAAAAUCGCGUUCUUGUAUUUUCACCAUGUCGCCUCUUUCUUCUAUCGGCCAAAGUACCUACAAGAAUUGACUGCCAUUUUCACUACCUGGAAAUAACAGCUGUAGAAUCAAGAAGAGCGAAUCAGCUAUGUUUGACUGUUGGAGAACGAUUUUACAAUUUUACUACAAACAGUGUUGGUGGGGAUACUACAGAAGUAGAUGCCAUGAUAGAGGCCUUACAUACGGCGAUUCGAAAUAUCUUUCCCACAGUACCAUUAAAUUAUAUUAUACGAAAAAUAGAAGUAAUACCAGCUAGCAGAUUGCAAAGUAUACGAGGAAGUGAGUUAGCUAGAAGCACAGAAGCCACAAGGCAUACAGGACCAUGUGGUGGUUUUUCUACUCAGUAUGCAUGCAUGUGUGACUUGCAUGGUGUACCAUAUAGGGAGGAAGUGGCCUGGGAUGUUGACACAAUAUACCUCUCGCAUGACACCAGAGAGUUAAAUUUGAGAGAUUUUGAUCAUCUAGAUCAGAAAGACUUGGUGCCAAUUAUUUCGGCCUUAGAAUAUAAUACUUGGUUUACGAAAUUAAGAGCAUCCCAUCUCAAACUGAAUCAUGAGCCCCUAGAGAGAUUGUUACAUGUCAUGCGAAGAUCUUUGUCCAUUCAAGAGCUUUAUUUGGAUAAUCUUGGAAUUAAAUGGGAUUUCGCUCACAAGCUAUCGUUAGCUUUGAUUUCUAAUGCUAACACAAUACUGCAGACAAUAGAUCUGUCGCACAAUAUGAUCGAAGAUAAAGGAGCCUCUAGCUUGUGUGGGAUAAUAGCCAAGUUAAUGCAAGGUGGUGCUCAUUUGAGUGGUCCUAUCGGCAAAUUGCCUAAAGGUUUGCAGAAAUUAAAUUUGGCUCAUUGUGGAUUAACUGGGAAAGGUGUAAGCCAAAUAGCGCAUGCGUUAAGCUUAAACAGAAGCAUGCCGACUAGCUUGCGAUAUUUGAAUCUCUCGGAGAAUACCUUGAAAGAUGAUGUUAAUAAUUUAUGCAAUUUUUUGGCGCAACCUAAUAGCUUAACACACUUAGAUCUUAGCGGUACAGAUACUACUUUAGAAUGUUUGUUUGGUGCAUUAUUACGAGGUUGUGCAACUAAUCUAGUCCAUCUAAACGUUGCUCGGAAUUCUUUUUCGAGCAAGAAGACCAAAGAAAUACCUCCGAGUUUUAAACAAUUUUUCACGGCAACUCUCUCGUUGAAGUACUUAAAUAUAUCUUCGUGCAAACUACCAUUAGAAGCAUUAAAACAUCUAUUACUUGGAUUGGCAUGCAACGAAAGUACAGUUGGCCUAGAACUUGACAUGAGCGGAAAUAAUUUAGGUUCUAUGGGCGCGCAUGUUCUGGAAUCGUGUAUUCAUGGAGUUCGAUGUAUAGCAUCAUUGGAUAUAUCGGACAGCAACAUGGAUGUUGAUCUAGCACAAGUUAUAACGGCAAUAGGCAAAAACAAAUCGAUAAAGCAAUUAUAUAUGGGACAUAACACCAUUGGCAUGAAAAGCAAACACAUAGCUGUUGUAAUGGAUGCCCUUGUGCAGAUGCUUCAGGAAGACGAUUGCGUUCUUCAAGCGUUACAUCUACCUGAUUCUCGAUUGAAAGGCGAUCUCUACAAUCUGAUCAAUGCUCUUGGUAGCAACACAUGUCUUCAUACUCUGGACAUUAGUGGUAAUCAGAUAGGUGAUCCUGGUGGGAGAUUACUGGCAAAAGCAUUACAGAUUAACAAUCAUUUACGGACCAUUAUAUACGACAAGAAUAACAUCACGUUACAAGGCUACGCGGACAUUGUUCACGCGCUAGAAAAAAACUAUAGUGUACGGCACAUGCCAUUUCCGAUUUAUGACCUGCAGCCUUGUAUGAAAACUUCUACGGAAAAAACGGAGCAGCUGGCUAAGAAAAUACAGGAUUUAUUGCAGAGAAACGUCACGCCGUGUAAGUAUAGUCAUGGACAAGCAUUUCGGCUACAGCAAGGAUUUCUAUUAAGUUCCACACAGCAAAUGGUCGAUAGACUUGUCGUACAAACCCAAGACACUAUUAAGGCUCUCGCAGCGGAAAGCUGUGAUGCUAAUAAUGAUAUCAAUUAUGCAACCGGGCUUAUACAAGAUGCAGAUAAUUCAAAACAGCUAUUGCCAAGAUUACACGAGGUACUUCAAAGACGUGACGAAAAUAAUCCAAUCGAGCUAAAGUUACACGAUAUGGCGAAUGAACUCCAUAAAGUUAUUACAGUAUAUCUACAGGAUUCUUUGGAUGCGAUGUUAAAGUGCGCGAAUGAGCAAUGUCCUACUAUACUUUCACAAAUGGUGAUCAGGGGCGAUGAGAGCGAACCGAUUGUGGUACGAGACGAUCUUCGUAAUACAUGCAAAGAGAAAAACCAAAUCAAUAAUGAAUUCAUACAUACCACUGUUACCGAACAAGCUGGCGCAGAUAUUGUUAAUAGAGUCAACGAGUUAAAUUUAGCAGUUGCGGCGCAUAUAUCUGAUAGAAUCACGGAUGAAGUAAUCGAAUCAUUAUCAAGAAGUUAUAAAACUCUUAUUGGGGAUUGUGAUAGUCGAACAAGAAGCAGCACACCAGAUGUUUUACGACCUAGUGCUGGUUCGAUGAGUAGCGGAAGCGUGAUAGGUGUAACUAGUGCCAGCGGUAUUUCUAUGACUCUACCUCCUGGCAGAGCCAGCCUCAUGUCCGAGGAAGAUUGCCCGCCAGAAACAUGUUCGCUGGCGGAUUCUAUUGGUCAGUGCAUGAGUGAUCGAUCACCAAUGAAAUUGGAUUAUCUUAAUCUGGCAACGCCACAUCUAUCGAACAAACGUAAAAAUCUGCAUGAGAAAUUGAGACCCAAAUCAGUAGUAGAUUCGGUAGAGGGAUUGUCCGCAGAUGAUAUUCCAGAUCUCUUGCCGUCAUUGCCAAAGAGUCAAACGGAAGCUAUCUCAGAAACCGAACACUCAUUGACAGAAUCGUUGGACUCUGUCUCGGAAUUGCCUAAUACCGUGGGUCAGCAAUUGCAACAUUUGGUCAAGUCCAGACCGCGCAGAACAAAAACGCGAGCACCCACGAGACCGAUGUUAAGACCGGAUCAACCGAUCGAUGGUCUCGCUUUGGGCGAAGGUCUUGAUGUGUUUUUCCGACCUACUACACCUACCACACCUUUGAUCUCGCCUACGAGCGAUGAUAGUUCUCUUCAUACUUUUCCAACGGAUGGCAGUCCUAAUCUAUCGUUGACGAGUCACAAGAGCAUUCCACCUGACGUAGAGAAAAAGCAUAGCUGUAACUCGCCGAUGCUGAAAACGCUUUUGGAACCUGCACCACGUUCACGAUCCAGUGACAAUUUGGAAAAAUUUUCUCCCCUAGUUGGUAGAAGAUCACAAGGCGAUUCUCCGCUUACUGCGUCACCACUCGCACGAAGAAAUACUACGGACAGUGCUCAAUCCCAUGAGAGAUGCAAAGGCGAAGCUUUUACAAAGGAAACCUGUAAUAGUGGCGCCAUGAAUGACACGAGCGAUGAUUCUAAAUGCAGUAUAUUAACUAAUGUAUCUGGUAUGAGCCCGCGUAGCUCAUAUGAUGUCGAUGAUACCUUUGGAACGAGCACGGAAAAGGAUCAGGAAAAUCAUAAGAACGUUAUGAAAAAAUCAACUGAUGGGGAAAAAUCUUCGUCCAUUAAACUGCGAUCAACUGGUCAUGAUCUGAGAAGUCCGAUAAACGGUAAUAGCGGCGGCGUCAAAAAUAUGUCUGAAUCGGCCAAGUCUCCAGUAAUGAAACCUUUAACGAAAAAUAGCUCUACGAGCGAUGGGAAAAGCAAUGGUUCGCUUAUGAAAAAUAAACCUACUCCACCAGCAACGGCACCUAAACCACGACCAUGGAGUAUGGCAACCGAUCGGAAAUCCGGAGAAUUUAGCCUGUUAAGCGAUGGCUCUAGUCCGAACACCUCGGCCGGCAAUACACCCGACUCUGGCGACGCUCUCGAUGAAUCAACUGAUAGCGGUGUUAGUGGACCGGCCUCUUUACCGCCAACAUUAUCGGCAAGCAGUACUGCAAGCUCAUUAAGCAAUACGAGUGUGGAGAAAAGAUCAGUGAGAGAAUUGGCAGCAAGCUUGAACAAAAGCAAAAUGGAUAGGAAGGAGAACGAACAUACCGCACCUGCAGCAUGGCGAUCGUUACUUCAACGUUCUGUUGAUCGAGCAGAUGCUAAGGCAACGGAAGUGCCGAAAAUGGUUGAGGAGGCUCGUCUCAGCUUUAAAUUGCGACGUACAUCAUUCUUGCGUGAUUCAAAUUUCAAUUACAACAAUAACGAUGUGGUUGAUGUUUGAUCAAGCUGGGACGGUCAACUAUUACAAGUAUCUUCUUCCAUAUGCGUAUCUGACAUACAAGAGAAUAGUGCUUUUGUCUUCGUGCCAUAGGAAGUCUAAUAUUGUAUAUAUAAAAAGCGUCUUAAUCAAUUUUAACGUGUGUAUGUGUGCGUG